UUUCAGUCCACGCGGAUCCUCGCAAGUGAGCUGAGUGACGCAGUUGAGCUUCUUCCACAAAAGAUGCGUCUGGUUGUAGCAAUCUUUUGGAUGAUGGCAGGGACAGCGUGGGCAAUGGACAACCUCUACGAUGAACAUUUUCCUUCUCUUCACCCUAACUGCACCCAGAGUCUUACAGAUCUUCUCUUGCUGCGCCAAGAAGUCCAGCUGAAAGAACUGAAGGAGGUCGAGCAAGUGUCUGCAGGAAUCUUGAGGGAGAUAGCCGACAUCUUGACUGACAAUAAGAUUUCCUUCACGUCUAAAGAAGUAUCCUGUCCUGGUAACUUCAGAAAGUGCGGCGACACUUGCCUGUACCUUGCCAUAGACACCGACGCGAACUGGGCAGCUGCUCGAGUUUUUUGCCAAGGAUUGGGAGGAGAUUUGGCCGUGUUUCGAGACGCUAAUGCAUUCGCAGAGGCUCUCAAAUACGUUAAAAGUUCGGUCGCUGUGCAGGGAACGCCUGUCUGGGUGGGCGGAACAGACCGCAUACUAGAAGGGGAAUGGAGGUGGGUCUCUGGAGAAGACAUGCCAAGAGGAACGCCCUUUUGGGGAGCUUAUAACUAGUAGGUCAUUU